UCUAUGUUUGACGGGCAUGUUGGUGAACCGGGUUUGGUGUACGUCGAAAGGUGGGUGGAGAGUGAUGGCAAUGGAUAAGGGUAGUCAGUCAGUCGGCGCCCGGUCGCGGCGUCGACAACGUUUCCUCGGCGCGCUCUUCGCUAGAGGAUCGAAAGCUAAGAGAGAUCUCCGAGUAUAGUUUAUGAAAACAAUGUUAUUGGCAGGUAGCAACACUUUGGCGGAGUGGAGCUGAAAGCGAUUUAUAUUAGGAAACGAUAUGUCAACUGAAUAAACAAAUCGAUCGAUAAGCUUUACUAGAAGAGCGAUUUUUCUAUCGAGAAGAUGCACUGACAAUAACGUAAAGACGAUUUACUCGGACGAUGUCUAGCGGUAGAAGAGCGACGCGACCUGUCAGGCAGCUGUCAUUGCAGCAGUCUGCACCACGUCGGCAGCACAUUAGACGACAGAAAUCGGCCGAGGACGAUUGCAGCAAGUCUUUGCAGAUCUACGCGAAUCCGAUCGCGCGCGAUAGAGUAGCUGGAAAUGCGACGGACAAGCCGAAGGUGCGAGUCGCCUGGGGCGACGACCGUCGCGGUUGCGAUGGUCUGGCUCAAGUGGAAGUGGUGGCUCGGCAAAUUCCAAGCCGAUCCAGACCGACCACGGGCCGAUCUGGCAGAAAUUAUGCCACCGCGGAGAAGGCGUCGAUUCUCUACUCGCGACAGGAGCUCGCUGAGAGGCUGCGACUCGCGUGGAAGCAUCGCGAGCAGAAUAAAGCGAACAUCGAUAUCUUCUUGGCACAUAACGUGGCCGUAGAAGAGCGCUGCGAAUCUGAAUUAUCAAUGUCCACUCCGCUCCCCAGAGAAGAACCUGAUUUUACGCAAGAUGAAGAAAAAAAUCCACGGAAUCUGGAGAUAUCUAGGAAAGAGGAUGUCCCUUUAGAAGGAGGCCGAGAAAGGAAAAAGGGUGAAAUUGAUAAGAGAGAUGAAGGAGAAGGCGAGAGGAAGCUGGAGGCUGCGUCUGGAAUUAUGGAAAAUAAUUUGUUGAUAAAAAAAGAUGAAAGUGUAGCGAAAAAUGUGGAAAAGCAAGGAGGAGAAAACGAGGGAACGUCGAACGCGCAAACUAACUCAUUGUUAGACGUUGAGGAGAAAAAGAAGAAGACGAGGAUAAACAUCGAUUGCACGAGCCUCCAUCUUUCGACAAACAAUCACUUACACCCUUCGAUCACCUUUCCGUCCUUGAAACAGGAAAGCGCGGAUCCAACGAGAAGCAACGACAAUGUCUCCUCAGCUAAGCUGAAGCGCGCGAGCUUUCAGAGCGGUGCCAAUCGUGCUUUUCUGAUACCGAUGCCGGAAAAGUUUCCAAAAGAGAUGAUCACGGAAUCGAAAGACAAGCUCGCAUCGGCGAAAUCGAUCGAGAUCAGAUGCGCUUCGGCCGCGACAAGAUCACCGAUCGACAAAAACAGCAUUCUCACGAGAAGCUCGUCCAGUUCGAUGAUGAACUUGGAGAAAACCAGAAGAACGAAUUCCGCACCGCCGCAGAGGAGAAAUAACGUCGCACCUGGGACACGCGUUCAAGUAAAUAUCAUAAUCGACGCGCCUGCUCUCACCGAAGCCUCAGAUAAAUCAGCUGUUUGCGGAAAAAUGCAGGAUGAAAAAAUUGACGCUGCGGAAAAAAUCGAGGAAAAUUCGAUGAAGAUAUCGCGAGGCGAGCGAUCGAUAAGAUCGGCGCCCCUGAAGAAGAGAUCGAGGAGCGCGAAGAGGCGUCUUCUCGCUGCAUCAGGCGGAUGCAAGGACGAGGAUCGUGGAGGACGAGGAAAGAGUUCCAUGGACCCUAGAACGAGCGACGUGAUUACCAUGGUAUCUUUAGUCAGCUCGGCUGAUAGCGAUAGCGACGCGGAAAAUUCGCCGGGCGACGAUAAGCUCAUCAACGAGCUGCGCAGCAAGCUACCCACCAUGCCCAUCAUCAAGACAUCCAUCAAUCCCAACCCUACUGUACUGAGGAAACCUAUCAAGUCAGUCUCCUUUCAGAGAGACUCUUCCGACGAGGAACCAACAAAGGAGGAAAAGCGGAUCGUCAAUAAGGAGAUUCAACCCCCUUACUUCGGUUUUGCCCUUAACGUCGCGCACGGAAACAGCUGUAAAGAUUUAUCGGAGCAGAAUUUAGCCGUCGACGAUUUAAGGGCCGCGACGCCGACACCAGCUGUUCCUGUGCUGUUAAUUUCGCAGGAUGCCGAGAAAGCGAUGCCAGAACCACCGUUGACUGAUCGCGAGAAGAGAUGCCUGGCGGUGCCGAUCGGGGAUCUGCACGACAAAAAGCGAAAGCUGCUGCGAACGCGAAGUAUCCCGAGCCGUCCGACAAUAACAGAGCAGACGAAUAAUGGACCGAUAGAAAUGAAAGAUCAAAGGUCCUGUCUCGCGAUGUCGCGAAUUGAUCUCGUCGCAGUUUCAGCUUCGCCAAUUGAUAUUCCGCUUUCAAAAGUUGAACACUUUUCUAAAGAAACACAGCCGACAAAAGAGACACCACAAGAAGUAAUGCCGCCAGAGCCGCAUUUUCAAACAAUUAAGGAAAAAGAAUGCUGGCAUCUCUAUAGACGAAUGUGCGAUAAGGGAGUGUGCGUGUCUUUUGACACUGUUUUAAGAGGCAUGCUAACACCAACGGAAUAUCGAUUGCGUCAGAAGGAAUAUUCGCAAGAUUUGGGGUAAAAUUAGCAAAAAAUUGGAUUGCUUUGCUACUUUUAGAUACUUUUAGAUACUUUUUUAAUAAACCGAGAUUAUUUUUAUUUUCUUGAAUCGAUCGAUUAAAAA